GUCAAAGAUCAUAUUUUUUUUAUUAUGUAAUGUUGAGUGAGUUUGUUGUUGUUACUGCUUUCUCUUCAUCUUUCCUUGGGCCGAGGAUCAUAUCGAAAAUAGCCCUCUAAUUUCUGAUAGGGGUGAGGUCUGCUUACGCUCUAGCCUCCUCAAACCCCACUUGUGGGAGUAUACUGGUUUUUUUUUUGUUGUUGUUGUUAAUGUUGAGUGAAUACAUGUAGUAUAGUUGUCUACUAGUUUCUUGUUUUGCUUUGGUGUUUAACCAAAAGGAAGUCAUAGUUUUGCCCCUUAACUUUUCUUCAGAUUGUGUAAUUGGAGAAUCUGUGUUUUGUUUCAUGCUAAAUGAUCAUUAUGGAGUUGUUAGACCUUUUUUCCAAAUAAUAAUAAUAAUAAUAAUAAUAAUAAUAAUAAUUUCAGCUGAAUCAAACAGAAUAUGGUCCUAAUUGUAGUUGACUUGUUGCUUUGCUAUGUUAUUAUUUUGUGCAGUAGCGGCAGUGUUAUCUAGCACUUUCUAAAGAAGGAUGGCUAAUAAAGAUGUAAAAGAGGUGAGGAUUUAUGAAUAUUUGGAUGAACUCAGCACAGAUUUAGCAGAUUAUAUUGCAGAAUUAUCAGAGGCUUCUGUGAAGGAGAGAGGUGUAUUUGCUGUUGCUUUAUCAGGUGGUUCCCUCAUCAGCUUGAUGGGAAAACUAUGUGAAGCUCCUUAUAGCAAAACUGUUGAUUGGGCAAAGUGGUAUAUAUUUUGGGUGGACGAGCGUGUGGUUGCAAAAAAUCAUGCUGAUAGUAAUUACAAGCUAGCCAAAGAUGGACUUUUGUCAAAGGUGCCUAUUGUUCCAAGCCAUGUACAUUCCAUUAACGACACGGUCUCAGCAGAGAAAGCUGCCGAAGACUAUGAGUUUGUUAUUAGACAGCUCGUGAGGACUCGUGUAAUCAGUGUUUCUGACAUCAGUGACUGCCCCAAGUUUGACCUCAUCCUUCUAGGAAUGGGACCGGAUGGACAUGUCGCGUCUCUUUUCCCUAAUCACUCCAUUCUUGAUGAGAAAGAAGAGUGGGUAACUUUUCUCACCGACUCCCCCAAGCCUCCUCCAGAGAGGAUUACUUUCACUUUGCCUGUUAUCAACUCUGCAUCCAAUGUAGCUAUAGUUGCAACUGGAAGCAGCAAAGCAGAGGCUGUGCAUUCGGCGAUUGAUGAUGUUGGACCUGACUGCCCGACAUUGCCUGCAAAAAUGGUCCAGCCAAGUAAAGUGAAUUUGGUUUGGUUUCUAGACAAGGCAGCCGCCUCAAAACUUGAUGGCGCAAAAUUUUCAGAGUAGUAGGGCCAGGCUUUUAAAAUGUGUAUGAUUGUAUAUGUAGCAAAAGACAUAUGCAACUUAGUUCAUUCUCAUCUUUCAUUAUGUCUUCUAUUUUGAUCUUCCCUUUUUUUCAAAAUUUUUGACACCCUUUUCCUGUUUGAGAAGAAAUAUGGAAACUUUUUCUUCUGUUGGAUUAGGUA